CCCGUUGAAAUAGGACAAGUCCUCCGUGAAAUCACAACCUGUAUGAACCGAAGCAACCGAAAGCCGUUGAACGCAUUGGGCAUGGGAUCCAAAUAUGGACUCCAAGGAGUGCUGCUUUAGCAAACCAUGAGGGACUAGUCGGAAGUAGCGAUACUGUAUCUGAUUCAGGACGACAUCCAACCGCCAGCCUAGUCUCCCAUUGAGCCUCAGCCUCCCCCGUUGAACUUCAUUGCAUUCACUCAUCACUCAGGGCCUCCGUGCAUACACUCUAGUUUCUGAUGGGCGAUUCAUCCUCAUGACCAACCACAAUCCCAGGGCUGGCUGGGAGAAAAUAGGCGAUCAGUUCUACCAGAAAGUCCAGCUUUACGAGUCCGUCUUCGACCCUGACCUUGAGCUCGAGAACUAUCUGGUCGCCGGGGCGCCGUAUGGCGGAGCUCUAGCAUUAUGGCGGGAUUCGACAAAAGUUGCUCGCUAUCGGACAGGCCAGUCGACCAAGCCAACCAUCGACAUCUACUCGUCUGCCGGAAAGCUGAUCAGCAAUAUCCACUGGGAGAAAGGACCCAUUAAAGGCCUGGGCUGGUCUGACGACGAGAGGCUUUUGGUCAUCACCGAGGACGGGACGGUGCAUUGCUAUUUUGGACUCCAUGGAGACUUCCAACCGUUCUCACUGGGACACGGCGCCGAGGAAUUUGGCGUUGUAUCGUGUCGCUUCUGGUCUCACGGGUUCGUUGCUCUACUGUCGAACAAUGCCCUAGUGGCAGUCUCGUCAUUCGACGAACCAAGACCGAGGCUUCUCGCGCAGCCGCCCGAGGGCGAAGUUCACUCGUGGUCAUUGAUUCCGCCCGCCUAUACACUUUCCCGGUCUGUCGAGGUCUUGCUCGCUCUCAACAAGACCAUAUAUGUCGUUGACGCGACUGAUGCCGAAGACAGAGGUCUUUCCGACGGCCCAUUCAAGCAUGUCUGUGUAUCUCCGAAUGGAAGAUUUGCCGCAUUGUUUACAGAGGACGGCAAAGUCUGGGUGGUCGGCAGCGAUUUCCAGAACAAGUACAGCGAAUACGAUUCAAAGGCCAAAACUACCCCGACGCAUGUCUACUGGUGUGGAAAUGACUCGGUGCUACUGGCCUGGGAGGAUGAGGUUCACAUGGUCGGGCCCAACGGCGCGGCUGUCAAGUAUUAUUACGAUGACCAGGUACAUGUUGUCCCCGACAUUGAUGGCGUUCGUCUUAUUACCCACGAGGCAUGCGAGUUCCUGCACAAAGUCCCGGACCCCUUAGAAGAAGUUUUCAAGCUGGGAGCGACCUCGGCCGCAUCUGUACUUCUCGACUCAAUUGACCUGCUGGAGAAGAAAUCGCCCAAAGCGGACGAGAACAUUCAGCGGAUCAAGCCGAAUCUCCCAGAAGCUGUCGAAACUUGUAUUCAGGCUGCGGGCCAUGAAUUUAACCCGAGCUUGCAGAAGCAGUUGCUUCGCGCUGCCUCCUUCGGCAAGUCCGUGCUCGAUCUUUACAGCAGCGACGAGUUCGUUGACAUGUGCGAAGACCUUCGCGUCUUGAAUGCCGUGCGAGAUUACCGCAUCGGCCUUUACAUGUCAUAUGAGCAGUACAUCAGGCUCACACCGGAAAGACUGAUUGCAAGACUGGUGAAUCGACGCGAGUACCUUUUGGCAAUCAAAUUGUCCGAGUUCCUUCAUCUGCCUUUGAAUAAGAUCUACGUCCAUUGGGCCAGUCAGAAAGUUCGGGCAUCGUCCGCGGACGAUGAUGCCAUUCGAGAUAUUGUUGUUGAGAGGUUGCGCGGAAAGCCUGGUAUUUCAUUCGAGACUAUUGCUCGAGCAGCAUACGACGAGGGUCGAAGCCAUCUGGCAACAAGUUUGCUGAACUAUGAACCAAGAGCAGGCAAGCAGGUGCCAUUGUUGCUUAGCAUGGAAGAAGACGAUAUUGCACUCAACAAAGCCAUCGAAUCCGGAGAUCCAGAUCUGAUAUUUUUCGUUCUGCUGGAGAUGAAGAAGAAACUCCCGCUCGCUGCCUUCCUCCGGACCAUUAGCGAUAAGCCCGUCGCUGCAGCCCUGGUGGAGAGUUCGGCAAAGACGCAAGACCGAGAGCUGCUGAAGGACCUGUACUAUCAGGACGACAGGCCCGUACAGGGGUCAAACCUCUUAUUGGAAGAGGCCAUGCAGCAAACACAGGUGCAAGCAAUCAUUGACAAACUCAAGCUAGCCUCGAGACUGCUUACGGACACCAAAGAUCCAACUGCGGUCUUUCACAACAGAGCUCUUGGCGAGGCGGUCCAAUUGCUCAAGAUGCAGGAAGCCUUCGAUAAGGACAUCACCGACAGUAGUGGUAGCUAUCUCGGCCUGAGCGUCAAUGAAACUAUGUAUCGUCUCAUCAAAUCCGGUUACAGCAAGCGGGCGGCCAAAGUGCAGAGCGAGUUCAGAGUUCCUGAAAAGACAUGGUGGUGGAUUCGCCUUCGCGCCUUGACUGCGGCGCGCCUCUGGGGGGAGGUCGAAGAAAUUGGUAAGAACAAGAAGUCGCCUAUCGGAUGGGAGCCGUUUUACAACGAGGUCCUCGGAGCUGGCAAUACUCGACUUGCCUCCUCGUUUAUCCCGAAAUGUACCGGCUUACAACCAGCCGAAAGAAUCGAGAUGUGGAUCAAAUGCGGCAUGAUUGUCAAAGCGGGCGAGGAAGCUCUGAAGGCGAAAGACAUUAAUGCCCUUGAGUCUCUACGAGACAAGGCCAACGGACAGCAGCUGGUGGAGAUCGAGCGGAUGCUCACACAAGCUCGGCCGAAAAGGUGAUGUGAUGGCAUGGGUAUCUGGUUGAGGUUUCAACGGGCAAUGAGGCUUGCUGGCUGAGCAUCUCAGGUGAUUUUGUCGGCCUCAUCUUCCUCGGCCGUUGCGGGCACAGAAGCAGAGGUUGUUUGAUCGACAACCGUUACCUUGCUAGCAACCGCCGUCGUGGACAUAGCGACCCCUUCCACCGUCUUGGUCUCACUUUCUUGACCCAUUUCCACCUCUUCCAUGGCUUCGUCUUCCCAGUCGUCGCCAUCUGGCUGGUCCAUGUCUUGUCCAAGAAUCGCUCUCAUCUGUUCAGAUUUGGUGCCCCCGUUAAUCUCAUCCCACACUCCUUUCCGUUCCCUUCUCUUCUUGAGUCGUGUGGAUGCGUCAUUCACCUUUUUGGCGAGUUGGUCUUGCACGAUCUCCGCCCUCGCAAGUCCUUGCUCAUGUCUCCUCCUUUGACCCUUGGUCAAUGGUUUCUGCUUUUUCUUGGUUUUGGUCACACCGGCACUGGGACGUGCCGCCAAGACAGGGGUGGCAUCUGAGGCGCGUGGGGCGUCUCUCACGGAUUUGUCGACAUCUAUAGACGGAGAAGUUUCUCUUCUCGAUGCCCGAGACUUGGGGUUGGCUUUCCUGCAAGUCAGCACGAAGCGCAGCCUGAGGCACUAUGGGUGGGUAGACGUACCAGUAGGGUUUUUCUUGACUUUGGCGGUCUUUGCCAUUGCGCUGUACUCUUUUGUACCUAGGUUAUGCUUGGUGUGUCCUGUCUUGCGGUAGAAACAAACAAGCGUUCUGCUCUUUUGCGAAGACUGCAGUGCAACGCACUUUUUUGGUGGAGCACAAUUGAGUGGUCG